GCGGGCGGGCGGGCGGAGCCGAGCCGGCAGUGCUGCUGCGGGACUAUCGGGCCGGGCUGCGGGCCGCGCCAUGGACUCCUGUGUGCAGCCUGAGUUCCAGCCCUGUUGAGCUAGCUACUCCGAGAGCUUCCCACCAAGGAAGCCCCUGCAGGCGCUCACCAUGUCUAUUAUGGACCACAGCCCCACCACGGGCGUGGUCACAGUCAUUGUCAUCCUCAUUGCCAUCGCCGCCCUGGGAGCCUUGAUCCUGGGCUGCUGGUGCUACCUGCGUCUGCAGCGCAUCAGCCAGUUGGAGGACGAAGAGAGCAUUGUGGGAGAUGGCGACACCAAGGAGCCCUUCCUGCUGGUGCAGUACUCAGCCAAGGGGCCGUGCGUGGAGAGGAAGGCCAAGCUGAUGACCGCGAACGGCCCAGACGUGCAUGGCUGACGUGGACUGCGAGGCUCCAGGCCCUGUGGGCAGCCGGCGAGAGGCGCUGGGAGAGCAGAACCACAGACGCGCUGCUGUCUGGGACGAGGGGCUGACAUUGCUGGCAUGGCCUCGGCGGGCUUCAUCGCAUGCACGGACUCCGGUCCCAGCUGCCCAUUGCAGGCAGUGGGCAGGCCUGACCUUGAGGGGCUCGUGGCCUCCUGGCGCUUUUGUUACUUGAAUGCUUAGCUGAGCCUGUCUUUGACGGAGCCACUACUGUAACGCGUGAACUGCGCAACCUGUGAACUGUACAUAGGCCACAGAAGCACGUGCUUAAGCCUCUUUGCUCAUUUUUAAAACACCGCGUAGAGCCCGCGGGACUGCUGUGGUUAUGGCUGUACUCACGAGGGUCUUAGGCUCGUCAGGCCCGGGUCGCCCUGGGCAGGGCCGCUAGUGUGUGUGUGUGUGUGGAAAGGAAGUGAAAUGUCAGUUCGUGUGUCGCGGCUGACCAGCUGGGGUGCUCUGGUGAUUUCUGCUUGGUUAGCAGCGGGUAGGAGGACCGCACCCUCCCCUUUCUCCAGGUAGACGCGAGUUAAAAAGCCGAGCUUGGCAACGGCGGAGAUACUGCCAGGAAGCUGCUGUAUUAGCUUGGGAGCUGGUGAAGGACGAGUGAGGGCACGGGUCCUGAGGCUGCCGGGCAUCUUGGUAGCAGAGCAGCUUCCUCCCCUUUGGUCUUGAACACGCUAAGCAGCCCGGGCAGGCGCGGGCCUCGCUCAAGUUGCUCUGGACCUCACAGGAACGCCAGGGGCCGUGGUGGCUGCCUUUUCUCUGAAACCUCACUGGCCCGGGGGAGUGAGAAAAGGGUUUUGUUUUGUUUUGUGUCAAAAUUUUCUGCACUGGAGAGGAGGAGGAGGAGACGGAGACGCACUUGUUCCCUCUUGAUGACCACCCACCCCCUGCUGGGUACUGGAUUUCACUUGCUCUGCUUCAAGUCUCUGUAGACUUAGUCCCCUGACUGGGCUCUGAAGGCACUGGCCGCCUUUGGGAGGCCACGGCUACCGUGCAUGUGCACAGGUGAGGAGCCAGGCACUCAGCAGGUGGCACGCAUCUCAGGGUGUCCGUGUUCGCGAGCUCCCAUUCUAAACCUUCAUGAUGGGUAGUGAACGCGAGUGAGGUCAGCCCCGCUUCACCUCGGGGCGCAGGGCGUGCAGAGCUCCUACCUUCUAAGCCAGGCUGAAGGCAUCCCCACUCGAAAGCGUGUUGAACUAAUCCAUGUUCUGGAACCUCAAGCCGGGAGCUGUAGGAACACUUUUUAGCACCAUGCACCUAAACCAGGUCACAUUCAGUAACCGCUUGGGAUGGGGAAGAUAGCUAAUGGGGCCCUGUGUGCCACAAGUGGGCCACCAGAGCGCUUGGGAGCAGGAAAGGAAAUGCUAUGGUCCCUAACAGGAUGGCCCAGCCAAGGAAGAAGUGGUGAGGGACAGCACAGCGAGCAGCAGCUGGGUGGGCAUGGCACCCCGGGAUGGGGUGGGAGCUGCAAUCCGACCUAGGAGGAAGAACAGUGGUGCCCAGGGAAGGUGGGGGAAGGUCUGCUCUGGACUUCUGGGCUUUCUACCUCCACUCCCCCACAGCCAGCAGCUGUGUGUCCUUCAGCUCCAAGCACAGGAACCCAGGAGCUGCUGGCACCUGCAUCUGCAGCCCGAGCCUGGCUCUGGAACGGACUGUCCAUCUGCUGGUCUUUACCAUGCCGUGAAGUUUCCUUUAGAACUGAUUAGAUGUUGCCAGUUGCUAGGGACAUCGUGGGAGCCUGGGUCAGGC